AUGGCCAGAGACAAAUCACGAAAACACAUGAAUGGCAGGCGUCAUUCAAGUGUUACUCCGCAAAAAUCCCACAGCCUCACGCAAGACGUUGUUGAUCUCACCAAAACCGAUCCAUGGGCUCACCAGGCCCGACGAGCACGAUCUAUCGCGCCUACCGCACCUGGCUCAGCUUCCAAGUCCAAGUUGACUCCACUAUCACCAGCGUUCUCCGGGAGAAAGACCGUCGAUGGUGGAGCGGCAUCGCGUCUAACGACCACGAUCGAUGUCCCGCAAGAUCCGAAGUCGAACCCCAGCUACAUCUUUCAACAGUUGGCGUUGACGAAAAACCGUGCAAACACUCGACCUACCUUCUUCGGAGCACUAAGCCCAGAUGAUGGUGAAGCUUCAGGCAGGAGUGACGCCAGCGAACGUGACGGAACUCCCACUCCAGGCCACAAGGAGGUUAGGGAUAAAGACAAGUCCAAGAAAAAGAGGAAGUCUAGCGAGGGGAAUAAGAAGGAUAAGCUGCAAGACAGGGGAAAUGACAAGAGGCCGGCGGACACUGGCAAAAGUCAGCGUGACGGGGAAGAGGCUAGACAACGAGAGGACAAGAAGAAACGCAAGGAUGAGAAGAAAAAGAAACCACUGUCAGGACCCACGGAGGUACAAGCAGUUGCCACAGCUGCCACAGCCGAGUCUCGGAAGCGUAAACGCGACAAUGAAGAGGCGGAGGCCUUCAAACGCCGCGUCGAAGUCGAAGCUAAUGCGGUCAAGAGACUUCGCGAAAGUCUUCCAAGCGUCCGCCUCAAUCGCGUGUUCCGCAGACUUGAACGGGAGGAAGGCAUGAAGCCGACCGAGAUGGCUGUGCUGCUCAUCACGGCUAGGGAGACGAUCAUCGACCUUGCGAGGCAGCAGGUCCUGCAAACCGAGAGAGCACAAAAGACUAUUCAGGAUGAGUUGUUGAGAGUACUGAAAGAACAAAAUGAGAGGCUUGCCGAGCUGGAGGGAAAGACCAAAUCCAGUGCCGCUCAGGUGUCAGCAGGACAUGGUUCGGAGAAGGAGGUCGAGGUGAUUGACGACACCUCUUCUUCUUCCUCUGACGACAGCAGCAGUGAGGAGGACAAUGUGCAGAAGUCAGCUGGCGGGAAGAAAGCAAAUAAUUCUUCGCCACAGCAGAAACCUCUUGACAGAUGCGCAACUCAGUAG